CCAAGAUAUGAGAAACCUGUUUUUCGAAGCGAGCACAUUUAACCAACCCAUUGACGCAUGGGGAGAGAAGAUUGCGCUUGGGACGGAUUUGUCGGGGAUGUUCGGCGCGCAUGUGAACAACCCUGGCACUGCGUUCAACCAAAGCUUGAGAAGCUUUGAGCCGUUGAUCAGCGAAGCCUCCACUCGCACCUACAAAGAUAUGCUCUUGGGCGCGACGAGUUUCGAUUGGGGUGCAAACUUCAGCGAAAAUUUUUUAUCACAGCGGGAAGGGCAGGAGGUGUUGAGGCUACUAGGGCGAAGAUAAACUUCUAAAGAUCCUUGCUUUUGGUUUUGUCUCCUCUCGCCUAAAGCAGCGCGAGGUCCUCUAGUUUUCUGUAGAUCGCUGUUGCUAUACUCCGUCGCCCCCUGGGCUAAACAGACACUUUUGUUUUUCCACAAUAUCAGGAACGAUCUGCAUUAAAGCAGCCACGACCUAGAGGCAGCUCUAGUAGCAGCUCAGAACUUUUUACUAGACUAAUCGGUCGCACUUGUAAAGUUGUAGAAGUCCAAGAACUCUUCAUGUAUCUAUAUGUGCAAUCUAUAAACCGCUCACUUUGCCCUGCUUGCAUCUACAGCCUACGAGGAAGAAGGAAUUAUGAUGUUACAGCAUUCGGAUCAGCAACGGGAAUGGGCUACGGUGCUUCUUACACUUUUCUUUCUGGAAAAAAGUCACUGCUUUCGUAAUCCUGGGAGGUGAUGCAAUGAAGAAAAAAAGAAACACUGGAAUGGAAAGAAGUAUUUUUCCUUGUAUAAUAAUUGGUGGAGAUGAUGUGUGAUUGGUG